CGGACGGCCGAGCCUCUAGCAAAGAGCUCGGAAGGGCUGGCAGGAGGUUCUCCAGGCGGGAAAAACGGCUCCCCGCGGCCCCGAACCUCCCCUGCUCCUUUUUUUCCAAACAUUUAUGCCGUCAGGAGAGAGAAUCUGGACCUGUCUGGGCAAGGCCUCUGAGGAAGGACUCAACUCGUGAGGGAAGGGCCGGUCCUUGAAGAAGCUAGAUGGUAAAGAUUUGUGAAGGACUUAGGAGCCCUCAGAAAGGACUUGGCAGCUGAGCAAGAAGCUCUGGGGUCAAGAUGGGAAAUCAAAGCUUGCCUGGGCCAGAAGCAGAAAAUGGCCCUGAGGCCAUCCCAGCUGGGAGCAGAGAGGAAUUCUGGGAAAGACCUGUGGGAAAGAUCCUGGCUGAUGGCAGCACCAGCUCAGAUGUCCGUUGCCUGCACUUCAGGCAGUUCCGCUACCAGGAGGCCGAGGGGCCCCGAGAGACAUGCAGCCGACUCCACCAUCUUUGCCAGCUGUGGCUGAAACCAGAAAGGCACAGCAAGAAGGAGAUGCUGGACCUGGUGCUCCUGGAGCAGUUCCUGGCCGUCCUGCCCCCAGAGAUGGAGAGUUGGGUCAGGGAAUGUGGGCCGGAGACCAGUUCCCAGGCGGUGGCCCUGGCCGAAGGCUUCCUCCUGAGCCAGACAGAGGAUGCAAAGCAAGGAGGACAGGACCCAUCUAGAGGGGCUGAUGCUUUUCCUGGAGCAGAGAAGGCGCCAUCCGAUAUAAGGCAGAGGCCGUUCUCCUGGGGAACCAAAUGGGACAACGAUGGAAGUGCCAACUUGCUGGGCAGUGGAGGGACACUGGUAGGUCGUUCUGGACCUUCGAGCCUUUGUGGUGGACUGGAAGCUGCCUCCGAGCCACCGGAUCAGGGUCAGGUGACACUAGAGGAGGUGUCCGUCUCUUUCACCCCGGAGGAGUGGGCUCUGCUGGAUCCGGGCCAAAGGGCUCUGCACUGGGAGGUCAUGGUGGAAAACUACGGGAAUCUGGCCGAUCUUGGUGCAGUGUGGGAGUCAGCAACUGAAUAUCCAGUGAUAGAAAGAGAAUGCCUAUAUUCAGAUGAGGAGGAGAACAUUGAAUAUUGUGAUGUAUUGAGGACGGAGGAGGAGGAGGAGGAAAAAACUCUUAAUGGGAGGGAAAAUCCUGAUACUUUACAAGAUGAAAGUUCUCAAGAAAUUUUGGCCCUUCAAAAACUAUACAAAAAAGACUAUAGGAAUGAGAGCACUGGAAGUGGGGGGAAAGUAUCUGAUAUUAAUAUGCAAUUGAACACCCAUAACACAUGGAAAAUAUUUAAAUGCCUGGAGUGUGGGAAAGCCUUUGGGAGGAAAGAUACUCUAGUUUCCCACCAAAGAAUUCACACAGGGCAGAAAUCAUAUAAAUGCCUGGAGUGUGGGAAAGCCUUUGUGCGGAAAGAUAAUCUAGCUUCCCACCAAAGAAUUCACACAGGGGAGAAACCAUACAAAUGCCUGGAUUGUGGGAAAAGCUUCACUGAGAAUAGAAGCGUUAAUUCCCAUCAAAGAAGUCACAUAGGGGAUAAACCAUAUAAAUGCCUGGAUUGUGGGGAAAACUUGACUGGGAAAGGAAGUCUUAAUUCCCAUCAAAUAAUUCACACAGGAGAGAAACCGUACAAAUGCCCAGAGUGUGGGAAAGCCUUUGGGGGGAAACAUAAUCUAGUUAUCCACCAAAGAAUUCACACAGGGGAGAAACCCUAUACAUGCGGGGAGUGUGGGAAAAGCUUCACUGGGAGUACAAGUCUUAAUUGUCAUCAAAGAAUUCACACAGGGGAGAAACCAUAUGUAUGCCUGGAGUGUGGGAAAGCCUUUGGGCGGAAAGAUAACCUAGUUUCCCACCAAAGAAUUCACACAGGGGAGAAACCAUUUAAAUGUCUGGAUUGUGGGAAAACCUUUGCUCGGAGAGGAAAUCUUAAUUCCCAUCAAAAAGUUCACAGAGUUGAGAAACCAUAUAAAUGCCAUGAGUGUGGGAAAAGCUUCAGUGAGAGUGGAAAACUUACUGUCCAUCAAAGAAGCCACACAAGAGAAACCGUGUAAAUUCCUGGAAUGUGGAAACCCUUUUGGGUAGAAAGGAAUUCUAACUUCUCACAAAAGAAUUCAUUUAGAGGGAGAAACCGUGUAAAUGCCUGGAGUGUUGAAAAAACGUCUUUUGGAGUGAACACCUAACUUGCCAUCAGGGGAGAUGGAGAUGGCGGAAAAGCUGUAGCAAAAUAAGAGUUAAUCUGAAUCCAUAUGAGUCCGCAGACUCAAUUAUCCUUGUUUAUAGGAUUUCUUAGGAGUUGGGGGGGGGCAUCUUGUCCCCUUGCCUAAAACUGAGGGGGGGGGGGAUGGGAAACGAGCUAUAUGUAGAAAUGGCCUCCACUCCUCUACCUCUCCCCUCCCAGGUUGUUGGCUCUCUUCUUUGACUAAGAAAAUGAUCCCAAGGUGUCAGUUGGGGUGAGUCAAGAGCUCUCUUUCAGGCUCUGCCUUCUUUUUAUUCUCAUGCAGCUGUCCUCAGGUAUACAAAAAAACCUUACAGUUGGUAUUACACUUAUUGUUACAUAGUACGGUGUUAAGUGCAGGAAUGUAUGUUUGUAAUCCCACUUGAUUGAAUUAUUGAAUGAAUACAUUGUUUUAAAUUGUGUCAUCCACCACGAGC